AUGGAAACAGCUAAUGAGAGCACAGGUGGGGAUUUCAUCUUAGUGGGCUUCUCUGAGCGGCCCAAGUUAGAGCUGAUCCUCUCUCUCUUUGUCCUGAUGUUCUACACCAUAACUCUUGUGGGCAACAUGGCCAUAAUCCUACUCUCUAUCCUGGAUGCUGGACUUCAUACACCCAUGUACUUCUUCCUCAGAAACCUCUCUGUGCUUGACCUCUGCUUCACCACCAGCAUUGUGCCCCAGAUGCUGGUGAACAUGUGGGGAGGUAACAAAAAGAUCAGCUAUGCUGGCUGCAUGGUCCAGUACUGGGUGGCCUUGGCACUUGGCUCCACAGAGUGUGUGCUCCUUGCGGUGAUGGCAGUUGAUCGCUAUUUUGCAGUUUGCUGGCCUCUACACUAUACCUCCAUCAUGCACCCCAGGCUGUGCCACCUCCUGGCAGCAGCUUCCUGGUCCUCUGGUUUUGCUAACUCCUUUCUCCAGUCCUCAAUGGCCAUGGUGCUGCCUCUAUGUGGAAACCGGCGUGUGGACCAUUUCUUCUGUGAACUAUUGAUCAUUGUUAAACUCUCCUGCGUUGAUACUGGCCCGACAGAAUCUAAAAUGUUUAUUGCCCGGCUAAUCAUCCUAGGCAUGCCUGUCUCCAUCAUCCUGACCACUUACGUGUGCAUCGCCAGGGCAGUAGUAAAAAUGCGCUCAGCAGAGGGAAGGAAAAAGGCCUUUAGGACCUGUGCCUCCCACCUAAUAGUAGUCUCACUCUUCUAUGGGACCAUUAUGUUUUUGUAUCUGCAGCCCAAGGACAACUACUCCCAGGACCAGAGCAAAGCACUGGCAGUGCUUUACAUGAUUCUUGCACCCACACUCAACCCUCUGGUCUACACACUGAGGAAUAAGGAUGUGAAGAAAGCAGUCAGGAACUUGAUGGGGAUGGAGCAGGUAUAGGGAGAUCAAGAAUGGGAAGAAAGGCCCUCAUAACCAACAUAAGAGGGUAGAGGAAGAGGCUUUUCUCCUCAGCAUGAUCGAGGAAGAUGGCGG